GACUGUUUCGGCUCCGAAAGCUCGAAGAGACGCAUUCCCUGCUCUGUUAUUUUCCUCCAAUCUCAUUUUUCUCCCUAUCACCACGAAAAAGGAAAGGGAAAGGGGAAAAAAAAGGAAAAAAAAGAAAAAAAGAAGGCAGCAGAGAAGAGGAGAGGAAAGACAGAGAAAGAGAAAGAGAAAGAGAGUCUCGUUCGCUGUUCAAACCCUCCUAUUGGUUUUAUCUGUGUUUUCGAUGGAAUAACCGAAAACCUGCAUUUUUUAUGGUGUGUUGUGAGGAUUCGAACCUAUGAUCUUCCUAUAAGGCUGAGAAGAAGCCAAUCGUUGAUGCCGUGAAUCAUUUUUUUUUGGGAAUUCAUUGGUCGAUUUGGCCGGAAAUUCGCUCGGAAAUGAACGGCGGUGAAGGCUCGGAAGUCUCAGGUUCUGCGGGGCCGCCGCCACCGCUGCUCGAGUGGAAAUUCUCUCAGGUUUUUGGCGAAAGGACUGCGGGGGAAGAAGUUCAGGAAGUUGAUAUCAUUUCAGCAAUUGAGUUUGAUAAAACAGGGGACCACCUUGCCACUGGUGAUCGAGGGGGACGGGUGGUUUUAUUUGAAAGAACUGAUACAAAAGAUCAUGGACAUCGAAGGGAUCUGGAGCGAAUGGAUUGCCCAAUUAGUAGGCAUCCUGAGUUCCGCUAUAAAACAGAGUUUCAGAGCCAUGAACCUGAGUUUGACUAUCUGAAAAGUUUGGAAAUAGAGGAGAAAAUUAACAAGAUCAGAUGGUGCCAAACAGCUAAUGGUGCCUUGUUUCUUCUGUCCACUAAUGACAAAACAAUCAAGUUUUGGAAGGUCCAAGAAAAGAAGGUGAAGAAAAUUUGUGACAUGAAUGUAGAUCCCUCAAGAGCUGUGGGAAAUGGUAGUGUUGAUGGUUCAAGCAUAUCAACCAGCCCAAAAUCGUAUCUUGCAAAUGGGGGAUGUUCAGAUAGGUCCUCCAGUUAUUUGAGCAAUGACUUCGCAUUCCCCCCUGGAGGCAUCCCGUCGCUACAUUUACCCGUGGUAGUUGCAAGUCAUGAGACAAAUCUUGUGCCUAGGUGUCGAAGAAUAUAUGCUCAUGCGCACGACUACCAUAUCAAUUCUAUUUCAAAUAACAGUGAUGGGGAGACAUUUAUUUCAGCUGAUGAUCUGCGAAUUAAUCUUUGGAACUUGGAAAUAAGCAAUCAAAGUUUCAAUAUUGUUGAUGUCAAGCCUGCAAACAUGGAGGAUCUAACUGAGGUUAUAACAUCAGCUGAGUUCCACCCCACUCAUUGUAACAUGUUAGCAUAUAGUAGCUCAAAGGGUUCAAUUCGUCUUAUUGAUUUGAGGCAAUCAGCUCUAUGUGAUACUCAUACCAAAUUGUUUGAAGAGCAGGAGGCACCUGGUUCAAGAUCUUUUUUCACGGAAAUUAUUGCCUCAAUUUCGGAUAUUAAGUUUGGAAAGGAUGGAAGACAUAUUCUUAGUCGUGAUUACAUGACCCUAAAGCUAUGGGACAUUAACAUGGAUUCUGGUCCAGUUGCUACUUUCCAGGUUCAUGAAUAUUUAAGACCUAAGCUAUGUGAUUUAUAUGAAAAUGAUUCAAUCUUUGACAAGUUUGAAUGUUGUCUGAGUGGUGAUGGACUCCGAGUUGCCACUGGAUCCUACAGCAAUCUAUUUCGUGUGUUUGGUUGCACUGCUGGCAGCACUGAAGCAACAACAUUAGAAGCCAGCAAAAACCCCAUGAGGAGACAAGUGCCAACCCCAUCAAGGCCUUCAAGAUCCCUGAGCAGUUUAACACGUGUCGUCAGACGAGGAGCAGAUAGCCCAGGAGUUGAUACUAAUGGAAAUGCUUUUGAUUUCACAACAAAAUUACUCCACCUAGCUUGGCACCCAACUGAAAAUUCACUUGCCUGUGCCGCUGCAAACAGCCUGUACAUGUAUUACGCAUGAAGAUGGUCCUGGAAGAAAUGUGGUGUUUGGGAAGCUCUUUUGUUUGCUGCUGGUGAAGGCCACCUUGCCUUAACAUCCAACUGGUGAGACGGAGGCUGCAUCAUCCCUCAAUGCCUCGGCAUCCCAUAGUUUGUAGCACGUUAUCUGAUACUGGGGUCCAGAAGUGGCCGUCUCAUCCACAAGUAACUUGUCUUUUGUUCCCGGAUGGGCAGCGCUCAUUUCUGAUUUUUUCUUUCCUUGAAGAAAAGAUGCAGUUCUGUUCUUAUUGUGUUGGGUUUAGGUUGAAGAAAAUGUGAUUGUAGCUCUCCUACAACCAAAACAAAGGGUGUUCAAUACUGCUGCUAGGUUUGAGAUCAAUGGGGUCCUAAUUCGAAUUGGAGGCAAAGAGGCUGGUCUGUUGCAUCGAUCUCAUUGGCACCUAGGGCAUGGAGCUUGUAUUGCAGGACCUACAUUUUGAGGGCUUGUGAAAUUUUAUCAUGAUUAUUGUCAUAUUCCAAGCUAACCCUUCUAUCCCUCUUUCAAGUUGCCAGUCUAGUUUACAUUUCUGGUAGCUGUCAACUUAUGGUGCCCAUGGGUGUGUGGAAACUGAAGUCCCCUGUGGAAUUCUACUUUGCUCAGAGUUCUCUUAUUGUUUGUUGGGCAGUUCGGUACUUGUAAAUUUGAGGGGUUGGUUUGAAUAA